AUGAGGCCACGCUCGGGCGGGCGCCCAGGGGCCCCGGGCCGCCGCCGCCGUCGCCUCCGCCGCGGCCCCCGCGGUCGUCGCCUGCCGCCGCCGCCUCCGCUGCCGCUGCUUCUCGGACUGCUGCUGGCGGCCGCGGGGCCCGGCGCGGCGCGGGCCAAGGAGACGGCGUUCGUGGAGGUGGUGCUGUUCGAGUCGAGCCCGAGCGGAGACUACACCACCCACACCACCGGCCUCACGGGCCGCUUCUCGCGGGCCGGGGCCAUGCUCAGCGCCGAGGGCGAGAUCGUGCAGAUGCACCCACUGGGCCUGUGUAAUAACAAUGAUGAAGAGGACUUGUAUGAAUAUGGCUGGGUAGGAGUGGUGAAGCUUGAACAGCCAGAAUUGGACCCCAAACCAUGUCUCACUGUCUUGGGCAAGGCCAAGAGAGCAGUUCAGCGGGGAGCCACUGCAGUUAUCUUUGAUGUAUCUGAAAACCCAGAAGCCAUUGACCAGCUAAACCAAGGCUCAGAAGACCCUCUUAAGAGACCAGUGGUGUAUGUGAAGGGUGCAGAUGCCAUCAAGCUGAUGAACAUUGUCAACAAGCAGAAAGUAGCCCGAGCAAGGAUCCAGCACCUCCCUCCUCGACAACCCACUGAGUACUUUGACAUGGGGAUUUUCCUGGCUUUCUUCGUCGUCGUCUCCCUGGUUUGCCUCAUUCUCCUUGUCAAAAUCAAGCUGAAGCAGCGUCGUAGUCAGAAUUCCAUGAACAGGUUGGCCGUGCAGGCUCUGGAGAAGAUGGAAACCAGAAAGUUCAACUCCAAAAGCAAGGGGCGCCGGGAAGGAAGCUGUGGGGCCCUGGAUACACUUAGCAGUGGCUCCACAUCUGACUGUGCUAUCUGUCUGGAGAAGUACAUUGAUGGAGAGGAACUUCGGGUCAUCCCCUGUACCCAUCGGUUCCACAGGAAGUGUGUGGAUCCAUGGCUGCUGCAGCACCACACUUGCCCCCACUGUCGGCACAACAUCAUAGAACAAAAGGGAAAUCCGGGUGCUGUUUGUGUUGAGACCAGCAACCUUACACGUGGUCGUCAGCCAAGAGUGACCCUGCCAGUACAUUACCCAGGCCGUGUGCAUAGGACCAACGCCAUCCCAGCCUACCCUACCAGGACAAGUAUGGACUCCCAUGGCAAUCCUGUCACACUGCUGACCAUGGACCGGCAUGGGGAACAGAACCUCUAUUCUCCACAGACCCCUACCUAUAUCCGUGGCUACCCAUCCCUGCACCUGGACCACACUCUGACCCCUCACCGCUGCAGCCUGGAACACCGGGCCUACUCACCAGCCCAUCCCUUCCGCAGGCCCAAGUUCAGUGGCCGCAGCUUCUCCAAGGCAGCUUGCUUCUCCCAGUAUGAGACCAUGUACCAACACUACUACUUCCAGGGUCUCAGCUAUCCAGAACAGGAGGGCCAGCCUAUUCCCAGCCUUGUACCCAGGGGUCCAUCCCGUGCCUUCCCACCAAAUGGUGGAAGCAGCCUGCUCUUCCCCACCGUGGUGCACAUGGCCCCUCCCACCCACGUGGAGAGUGGCAGCUCUUCCAGCUUCAGCUGCUACCAUGGGCACCGUUCUGUGUGCAGUGGCUAUCUGGCAGACUGUCCUGGUAGUGAUAGCAGCAGUAACAGCUCUGGUCAGUGCCGCUGCUCUUCCAGUGACUCCGUGGUGGACUGCACAGAAGUCAGCAACCAAGGUGUGUAUGGGAGCUGUUCCACCUUCCGCAGCUCCCUCAGCAGUGACUAUGACCCCUUCAUCUACCGCAGCCGGGGACCUGCUGUACAUCUUGAGGGCUCCCCACCACCAGAGGAGCUCCCAGCAGCACACAGUCAAGGUGCUGGGCGGGGUGAGCCUUGGCUAGGCCCUGCCUCUCCCUCAGGAGACCAGCUGUCCACCUGCAGCCUAGAGAUGAACUACAGCAGCAACUCCUCACUGGAACCCAGAGGGCCCAACAGCUCUACCUCAGAAGUGGGGCUCGAGGUUUCUCCUGGGGCUGCCCUGGACCUCAGGAGGACCUGGAAAGGGGGCCCAGAGGGACCAUCAUGUGCUUGCUGCUUUGAUCCCCAGCCCUCUUCCCUGGGCCCUGGGACAGGAGCAGCUUCUGGUGGCAGCACCUUAUUCCUGGGUCCCCGGCUCCUUGAAGAUUGCAACCCUACAAGUGGGGAGCCACAACCAGGGAGCUCCCAAGGCCUGUAUGGCCUUCACUCAGACCAUUUUCCCAGGACAGAUGGGGUAAAAUAUGAGGGCCUGCCCUGCUGCUUCUAUGAAGAGAAGCAGGUGGCCCACAGUGCUGGCAGGGGCAAUGGCUGCUACACUGAAGACUAUUCUGUGAGUGUGCAGUACACACUCACUGAGGAACCCCCACCCAGCUGCUAUGCAGGAGCUCGGGAUCUGAGCCAGCGUAUCCCCAUUAUUCCAGAGGAUGUAGACUGUGACUUGGGCUUGCCUCAAGACUGUCAAGGGAUGCAUAGCCACAGCCCCUGGGGUGGGAUGCUGGGCUUGGAUGUCCCCAGACUCCACCAUUGGAGUCUGGGGACAACUCGGGAAGAGGAACAAUCUCCAUGCUACCAAGCUGAGAUGCCACUGCAGCCUGGCUGCUCUCCAGAGGAGGCGGAUGCUUCCAGGGCUAGCCUCUCCAGUGCUCCCCAGGACACUCAAGAGUCCCAUGCCCUGGCUGCUGAGGCUUCAGGACCAGGAUCUGGCCCAGGCAUCGGUACGGGAGCUUGAGCUCAGAAGGAACUCUUUUGUAAAAAUCGGAAACUGUACGAAGACUUCAAAGUCUGGCUUCCUUCAAAACUAAUAUAUAUAUACAUACACAUAUAUAUAUACACACACAUAUAUAUAUAUGUAUGUAUAUAUAUAUUAGUUUUGACAAACACAAAAGUGGUAAUAAAGAGAGCCCUCCUCAACCCAAAAUGUGAGCCUUCUGUGGCAUCCCCUUCCCAUUAACAAACCAACAGACAAAAUCUCUUGAGUCCUUUUUCUCUUUUAAUAAUGUGUUAUUCUGUUUUGUAAUGUGUGUUUGGGGUUCUGAGGUGUGUGGGAUUGAGUUCUCUGCUUUUUUUUCUAAGAUGUUAUAUGUAAAUGUAAAAAGUUAUUUAAAUAUAUAUUUUAAAGAACCCUAACCACCAACUUUUGUUGAAAAAGAAAAAAGAUCACUGCUGCAUUAAAUGAACCACAUCAUGUGUCGAUACUGUUGUCUCCUUGGUGGGACCUCAGGCCUUUGAAAAGCUCAGGGUUACACCUGCCUUAUUGAAAAUGAACCAGAAACUUGAAGUAAAAAGCUAUUGAUAGGGGUACAAAUGCCGAGGAACAAUGCAAAGCUGCCUCUCCUUUUUCCCUUUUUUGAGGCAAAUCUAGACUUCAGGGCUUCUGGGAAGCCCUACCUCUUGUGCCCAAACCUUGUAGGCAGCCAUGGAACUGCUAUGAACAGGAGGGAAAGGAGAGGUGUCAAACCACUGUUGCCUAUGCCCCAGGUUGUUGGGGAGCAUUGUGCCCAUUGUCUUCUGUUCCUUUGGGUUAUCAUCUUUGUCCCAACAGAAUCCAAGACUGACCAGCCCUGUUACUAGGCCCUCUCCUGCAUUCUGACCACUGUGGCAAGGAAGAGAAACUCUCCCCCUUACUGUCCGGCUCUCAAGUCUUCUGUAAAAUUGCUCUGGACUUUGUGCCAUCAAUUGCAGAGGUGACUUGAAUGGGGUGUGCAGGACAGACACCCAGGAGGAAUGUUGCUUUGUGGCCUUGGUGUCCUAUGGGACUGGAGAAACAAGCGCUCCUCUCACCCAGCAGCAGUACACCGCCCCUUGAAAAAAGGCAUGCUGGGGCACACCUGUGCCCAUGGGUCUGGGGGCAGCCACACCCCUCAGCUACUGCCCCCUUUGGUUGCCUUUCUAGGGGACAUAUGCUUGACCCAUGGGGGUGUGCACUAAACUUCAUUUGAAUCAAUUUUCCAACCCCAGAAAAAGGCCUCAGGGCUCUUUGGGCCUCUGCCUGGUAACUGCAGUGGCUCACCCCACCAGCAGAGGUCUGCUAGCCUGUCUGCCUGAUGCACUAUUAUGUACUGAUUCUCCACGAGACAGACUAUCAGAUAGUUCAGACCCAAAGGGUAGCCUUUGUAUGUUUUUUCCUGCCUCUUCUUUUUUAAGGGGAAGGGAGAGUUUUUUAAACCCAAACCAUUUUUGGUUGUUUUUGUCAUUGUUGUUUUUAAGAUGUUUUGUUUUUAAAAGGGAGAAAAUUUAUUGAAAACUACUUCAGGGAUUGUAAUCCUUUUUGUCCAAUAUAGUCCUUGUUCUUAAAAAUGUUUUUCUUUUCCUUAGAGGAAACUAAUCGGGUUGGCCCUGUGUCAGUAGCUUUUCUGGUCACUUUUAUUCAUUCAUUUAGCCGAUAUCUUUUGCCAUCUGAAAGAGUUUGGCCUAGUGGAUCUGAAAGCCCAGUUACAGAACGGGAACCUUGAAACCUAGGGAAACAGGGACUACCCUAUGUUACCAGAGAUAGAAAUGACCCCUCUUCCAGUCAGACUCCCAGGAAGUCAAUUCAGGGGCCAGACUACACAGUUUGAGACCAUCAGAAUGCUUUGUUCCUUAGAACCCCAUCUUUAGAUGAGGACAUUGACUUAUUUCUAGCCAGGAUCUGACAGAAAGAAGUCCCCACAUCAGGUGAUCCAGCCAUUUACCCUUUAGGAAGUGGCUUUCAUAAAAAUCUGUCCUUCCGCCUAACUCUGGGAGUUUGUUGCUUGAUGGCUUCUCCCCCAGGCUGUGCUCAGUGCACCUGUUGGUGAGGGUGUGAGAAGGGCCUAAGCUGUUGACAUGUGAUCGGGGUUGCCUUUAUUUCUGGGGCCAGGAGUUGCAGCUGCUAAGAACAAGAGCUUGCAUUACUUUGCAGUGGGAAUGGGGCACAGCUUUUAACAUGAACUGCAAAGCUGCAGCUUCUCACUGUCGAAAUAUUUGUUUUUUUCAGGUUGUGCUUUUUUUUCCAUUUUUAGUGUCUGCAUGUGCAUAUCUCUCCCUUGGCUGAAACAAAUCCCAGAAAGACUUGUCUUUGCCCUGGCUAGAAAACCACUUCUCAAUAGUCUUAAGACAGAAAAGAAUAGAGAAUUUGAAUGCCACUGGAAGAAGUCAGAUGAACAGGUCCAGCUAUCCUCUGAAAGAGUGGCAGUGGUAGGGGACAGACACUUGUAGUUGUUAUAGUUUGGGGGGUAGUAGGAACAAAAGGAAGAUUUAGAAGCAAUCACCAUCUUUGUGUUCCCUCAUCAGACCAGAACAAAAUCACCUGUCAACUAUCUCAUGUCACCAUUUCAAUAAAAAGAAAUUGUGUCUUUGAAGUUCCAAGUACCCUCUUUCGAGGAAGGGGAGGCAGAAAUAGAUCAGUAGUGUGUGGUAAUUGCAUAAUCAUGGACAAGGAGCACCUCACUUUCCCCUGGGAACCUUUGUACCAUCUAAAUGUGUGUGAUAGCUAGUAUAAACUUGAUACCACCCCUGGGUGUAAAACAGCCAUGUCAACUGUAACAUUCUAGAAUCAGAUGAAAAUGGAAGUUUGGGCAUUCUGAUCCAUGAGAUACCUCUUCACAGCUCCUAUAGCGAACGGUUCCUCUCUCCUCCAGGCCCAGGUCAUUUUACUAGGUUCCAUCUUUAGUCCUGUGGUUCAAGCUUGCCCCUGUGUCUUCUGAUCUCAAAGUUCACACAGGACUAAUGUUUUUUAAAUGUGGUCUAUAAAAGAAUUAGUUGAAAGUAUCGUCUUUUAAACUGAUCGGCCGUUUUCUGUUCCUUCCAUGAACUUUUUGUAUUGUUGGUCUAACGAGACACUUUUUUAAAAAAAAAUUUCUUCCAUAGCACUUAAGAUUUUUGUAAAGACUUUGCUGUAAAGGCUUUGUGAUAAAAUGAUCUAAGGGCUCUUUUCAACAUUACCAUUUGAAAAACUGUUUUUAAAGCUAGAAAACAACUUAUGUAUAUUCUGUAUAUGUAUAGCAACACAUUUCAUUUAUGGAAAUAUGUUCUCAGAAUAUUUAUUUACUAAUAUAUUUAUCUUAAGCCAUGUCUUAUGUUGAGAGUGUGAUAUUGUUGAAAUAAGCAUUGAAAAUGACUAACAAGGCCCUGUAAAUACAUGAUAAUUGCACACAGAUUUUACAUAUUUGCAGACCAAAAAUGAUUUAAAGCAAGUUGUAGUCUUCUAUGGUUUUGUAACAAAUUGUACAAAUGACUGUAAAAAAAAAAUACAAUUUUAUCAAGUA